UAACUUCUCAUUGGCGCGUAAUAACACACACAUAUAUACACACAUACAGUACGAAUAAAAUUAUAAAUGUCGGCAAAAGCUUGCGGUCACACUGCACGUAGACGCAUAAAUAAACAACAUACAUAAAUGGCGCGUAGCAAAAUUUGGAAAUAUUACGAUAAAUUGGAUCUUCAGACAGCACAAUGCCUCCUAUGCGAAAAGAUUAUCAAAACCAGUGGAAACACCUCCAACCUGAUGAAGCACAUGAAAACCCAUCCUACCAUAGAUGUUAAUGAUCACCAGUCGAUUGUAGUGCGGGGAAUGUUGAAAAGGGAGUCAAUGCCCCUUAAAACACGGGGCAAAAAGAUAUUAAAAUAUGCAUCCAUUAAGGUUAAGUCCGAGCCAAAGCGUGAACAUAAUUCUGACCCAGUGGGGGACAUGGAUGUGAACAUGAUUGAGUUUGUGGAUGCCGAAGCACAUGCUGCAGUGGAGAGCGUUGUGAAUGAAGAAACAUAUGCCAAUUGGACCACAGCAGAAACAGAAUCAGCAGCCGAGAUUGUGAGUGCGGCAGACAUAAUUGAAUUUGAGCCAAAAGAGGCGCUGUAUCAAAGCGAUCAACAGCAUGAGCAACAUGGAGACUCUUUGCCAGAGUUGGACGAUAUAAACGACUGUCAAAGUGUGUACAGUAGCGUUUAUCAGGAUAACCUCGCCUACUUUGUGUGUCGUGAUAAACAGCCAUUAGAUAUCAUAAAAGGCGAGGGUUUCAAGCGCUUCACCCAAGUACUCUGCCCAUCUUUCCAGCUGCCUAGUAUUAAGCAACUGGGCGCACGCAUCGCGCAGAAAGCAGAGCUGCAUACGACACAAAUGCGACAGCAAUUGGGUAACAUGCAAACACUUUCGCUAAGCUGCAACAUCAAUCAAGCCAACGGCACUGCAGAGCUAUCUUAUCUGGAGGUAGCUGCACAUUACCAUGAGGGAGUACAUCGGAGGUCGCGGACACUUUCAGUACAAACACUUCCCAUGCAGUACAAUACCAGCAGUAUUGUGGAGCGCUUGGAACGCAUUUGUCAGCGUUUUGAGAUCAACAAGUCAAAAAUUAUGUGCAUCGUCAGUCGGAGCAACCGAAUGCUGGAAAAUGCAGUUGCCACAUUGCUGGGCAGUCAACGGCAUGUGCCUUGCUUUGCACAGUUACUGGAAACGAUGAUGGAAUCUGUGGUACAACGCCAAGAGUUCAGUGAACUGUGCGAUAAGGUGCGUCGCCGUGUUGCCCAUCAAUUGAGUAACAGCUUAACGACGACAGAUGUAAAGCUGGAUGUUAAUGGACGUGCUAUAAGCAGCUACGAGAUGCUUGAACUGUAUGUGCGUCAUACUACGCAUACAUCGCACAAAUUACAAAAUCCGAAUUCGAGUCAAUUGUCGACAAUUGAUGCAACGACACCUGCCUUGAAUAGUGAUGAAAUCGAGCUGGCUUUGGAGUUGCUAAGUGUGCUGGGCCCAUUGGCCAGUGCUGUGCGACAGGUGUGUGGUUCGACUAUAUCUUCGUACCCUUGUGCUAGUAACGCUCUGCCCAUAUUAUACACAAUUCUUAACGAGCUGAAGCAGCCGGAGAAUGUCAAUCAGCAACAACACCAAAUCGCAUAUGAAAUGCGAUUGUUUGUGAUCAAGCAGCUGGAAGAGUGUUUUGACGGAUUGGAGAAAAAUAUGAUAUUGGCCAUGUCAAGUUUACUAGAUCCACGUUUUCGAAAUAUGCCGUUUCAGAGUGUCUCAUUGGUGGCUAAAUAUAUGACACAUUUCUACAAUCUGUAUGAAGAGAAAGUUGAAACAACGGCUGACGAUUCGGAUGAUGAAACCACAACGGAUGGCUAUGAUAUUUGGUCUGCAUAUAGAGCAUUUUCACAGGAAAAGCAUAAGCAAAUCACCAUGAUCGGUGAGCAAGAGAAUCAGGAUGAGAUCUCCAGCUAUUUCUUCGCGAAUAUCAGCAGUUUGCAAACAGAACCAUUGCUCUUGUGGAAGGAUCUCGCCCAGUUCCAUCCAUUUCUGCACAGUCUAUCCAAGAAAUAUCUGCAUAUUCCUGCAUCAGCGAUUCCACCCGCCCGUCUUUUUACAGCCGCUGGCGCUGAAGUGCUGGCACAACAUAAAAAAUUAAUGAGCGAUCACAUGAAUAAUGUGUUGCUUAUGUCGGAUUGCACACAAGAAGAAUGGAAAUUAUAGUGAAUAUAUGUUUUUAUAAGUAUAGGCAAUUUUUAUUUUAACAUGAUCUAAAUAGUAUUACAAAUAAAAGCAAUACAUAACGAUAA